AGCAUAUGAUGGAAAUGUGAGACUGAUCGAGGAAGAAGAUUCAGCAUGUCCAACUUUACUCGAACAAGACUUUAACAGAUUUCACCACUCAGUCCCAGGAUUAAGGAGGUCUGGUGUUGAUGCUAAUGCAAUAAGACAGAACUGUGCAGCACAUUAUUAUCCUGAUGGAGAUUGGGGUUGGAUUGUAUGCAGCGUGGCAUUUCUUGCUCAUAUUUUAACAACGGGAUUCCAGUUAUCAUAUGGUUUCUUAUUACUUUAUGCUAUUAAGCAUUUAGGACAAGAUGUAGUAAUGGAAACGAGUGAGUUGAUUGAUUAA